AUGCUUUUGAAUGUUCUACUCAGUCUCUGGGCUUUGAGCUCAUGCUCUCAAGCCGCCGUUCAAGCCUAUAGUCCAUCAACUCCACUUGGCCCGUGGCUCGCCCCAGCAUCAGGAAACUCGAAGCCAGCAAUCGAAAACCCUUACGUGGCCGCCGGUCCAACAUACAACGUCUCCGCAAACCAAGCCAUCCGCAUCCAGUCCCCCACCGGCCUCAACUCGCAUUGGGUCGGCCACUUCGUCACCACAACCGAAAACCUGCACUUCGUUCUCAUUACAUUCACAAAUGCCGUCCCCGGCGGGUCGGGUAACUCGACGUACGGCGGCUCUGCCAACGGCUGCCUGGUCUUUUCACUCGAAACAGGCGGCUUCAGCUCGUCAUUUGCCCAAGCAACCCCAACACUGGUCGGACAAGACCGUCUGAGAAUCAAGUUUGGCGAGCAAUACGAGCUGCACAGCCUAACAGACGACAACAUCUCCUCCAUCGGCGUCAUCGCAAACUUUUCAAACAGCAACUUCUCCCUCGACACGACGUUCCAGCCCCAGGGGUCUCUCCUCUUCAACGGCGGCAGCGGCAGCUUCUUCUGGGGCUCCGUCUUCAACCAAGGUUGGGCCAGCCCAUCAUCUUACACUACAGGGACAUUUACCCUCAACGGAACUAAGCACAUUAUCGAUUCAAACCGCUCGACGACAUGGUAUGACCGCCAGUGGGGCGAGGAGACUCCUUCCAAGGGCUGGUACUGGGUGCCCAUCCAGCUCGAGAACGGAAUUCGCAUCUCGACGUGGAUUGUCCCCACCGAGCAAGGCGCCCUCAAGGCCUUCGCCACGGCCCUAUAUCCAGACGGUCGACAGGAGAUUGUUGGCGUGAACCCAGACAUCAAGCCUCGAGAUCCGUGGGUCUCCCCGAGCACAAAGCGCACCUGGUACGGAUCCUUCGAGGUCUCGUUCCUUGACGAGCAGGACAGCGUGAUUACGGCUGUGGCGCCGAAUGUCACGAGCUGGAAGUACGGCGAGGCCAGCUACGGGGCUUCGUUUGCGUUUUGCGACUCCUUCGUGCGCUACUCUGGGACAUGGAAGGGGGAAGAGGUCCGCGGCUGGGGGAUUGUCGAGCAGUGGCCGGCUUCGUGA